CCGAAAUUCUCUCGUCUCGUGCGUGUAAGCUUGUCAAGUUUAUUGUAAACAAGAUCAUGGAUUUGCUGGGAUCUAUCUUAAACUCAAUGGAUAAACCUCCUUCAGUUAGUGGCAAACAAAAAGCGUUGAUGAAAAGGCAAAAAGAGGAGUAUCAGAAGCGUCAAAAAGCAGAAGCUGAAAGAUUAAAACUUUUUCGUGAGAAGGUAGAAGGGAAAAUUAAUAAAUUUCUUCAAGAUGACGAUGCAAAGGAAUACAAAUUUCCCCCCAUGGAUCAAAUCUAUAGGAGUAUAAUACAUGAUGUUGCAGAAGUGGCAAACAUAUGGGCAUAUUCAUUUGGUGAAGAAGGUGUUGAUCGUCAUAUCGUUAUUUUUAAGAGGGAAUAUGCACCAUCUGAAGAUCAGUUAAACGCAUUACGUAGAGGAGAAGAAUGGAAUGAAGAAAUAGCAAAGAGAUUAGCAGACGAGAGAGAGAGACGAGCCAAAGAAGAGCAAGAAGCUGCUGCUAAACCUAGAAAACGAAAAGACAAUUUUGUACCAAAUAGUUAUUACAAGGAUAAGUAUCAACAUUUAAUUGGAAAGGAAGCUGCAUUAGAAGCAGCUAGAAAAACAGAAGCUAAUAGUAGUUAUGGCUGUGUUCCUAGUGAAAAUAAGAAAGAUCAAAGAAGUAUAGAGCAAACAUUAGCAGACAUUCGAGCUAAGAAAAGAAAAUUGGAAACGACUGUUAAGGAGCCAGAGAAUAUCGAUAAAAAUAUAGAUAAAAAUCCAAAUGGAACUAUAUAAUAUAUUUAAUAUUCUUUAAUAUUUAAGUUUAAUAAUAGUUUAAUUUUUGGCCUGUAAAUAUUUUAUAUUAAUUAUGUGACAGGAAAUCAACAUUUCAUCGCAAAACUAUUUGCACUUUCCUGAUUAUAACUCACAUAAUUUUGCUCAUUUUAUGUAUGAGUAUUAUUUUAUGUACCUGCAAUAGAAAUGAUGAAAUAUAUUGAAAUCCAAUAUAUGUAUUUACCAAAAAAUUCAAAUUAACUUAUAUGUACAAUAUAAUACAGAGAGCACAUACACUGUC